ACCGCAAGCAAUCACAAACCCAAAAGUCACACAACAUUUACAACACGCAUUUAAUCAAUUAUCUCUUGUUACUUUUAUCCAAUUUUCUUAGCUCAAUCUUAGAAGCAAAACCUAAAGAAGAUUCUUCUCAACAAAAAUCCCACAUCACUUGUUACAAGCAAAGUAAAGCAUAUUAAAAAGAAGACCUUUCAUUCUUAUACUCAUCAAACAACACUCUUUUAUUGUUGUUUGUUGAACAACCACGUAACGUUAAUUCUUUGUCUUUGCGAGUCCACAAAGAUUGGAUCUAACUACAAGAACAUGGGUACUCUAACCACCGCUCCUCCUCCUAUGCUCACUUCUAAGUUCAAACCUUCUUUUUCACCUCAACAUAAACCUCUUUUUCCAAAUAGAAGACGGUUAUGGAAGAAGAACCAAUCAAUUGUUCCUGUUGCUAGGUUAUUUGGACCGGCUAUAUUUGAAGCAUCAAAAUUGAAGGUUUUGUUCUUAGGAAUUGAUGAAGACAAACAUCCAGGAAAUCUUCCAAGGACUUAUACGUUAACACAUAGUGAUGUAACCUCAAAACUCACUUUGGCAAUUUCUCAAACCAUUAAUAACUCUCAGUUGCAGGGAUGGUAUAAUAGAUUGCAAAGGGAUGAAGUUGUGGCGCAGUGGAAGAAGGUGAAGGGAAAGAUGUCUCUCCAUGUUCAUUGUCAUAUUAGUGGUGGCCAUUUUUUGUUAGAUAUAUUUGCUAGACUAAGAUAUUUCAUCUUCUGCAAAGAGUUACCCGUGGUAUUGAAGGCUUUUGUACACGGUGACGGCAAUUUAUUCAACAACUAUCCGGAAUUACAGGAAGCAUUGGUUUGGGUAUAUUUUCAUUCAAAGAUUCCAGAAUUCAACAAGGUAGAAUGUUGGGGUCCACUAAAGGAGGCUUCACAACCUACUAGUGGGACCCAAAGGGACCACCAAAAUUUGACCCUACCUGAGCCAUGUCAAGAAACUUGCGAGUGCUGCUUUCCACCGUUGAAGUUGAGCCCAAUGCCGUGCUCUAAUGAGGUUCACAAUGAUACUUAUGAACCUAUUGAUGGAAUUGAAACUCAACAAUCACUGUAACUUGUAACCACACGAAACUCUCAUUUCUUAUUCUAUACGUUGCUCAUCGUGGGAAAAUCCAAAACCCUUUUCAAUGUAAAUAUAAGAAAAGUGGUCAUAUUUGAAAUUUUUUAUUUUACUUUUUUUUUUUUGGUGUAUAAUUUUUAAUUCAUAAAAAUCAGGUAUUGUAUUGUAUAUGUGUAAACAAGUAUUUUUACCUAGGAAUUCAAUAGACCUUUGUAAGGUUCAAAAUUGCAAUUAUCAAUUUCAAUAUAAAAAUUAUUUAAUUGAA